AGAAGACGGCGGCGGCCAUUUUGUGCUGAUACAUCCGGGGAGCAUACGGGCUGUUUAGCGGUCUACGUGUUCGGUUACCGCGUAUUAGCCUGAGAAAAGAAGAACAGCUCCCAUUAGGUUCGCGUAUUCUGUAACAUACGGCUGACAUCGUCUCGUACAGCACGAUGAGGGGAAGCUUUAUGGAUCGUGACCGAGGCGGGGCUGGUGGCUCUCGCUUCCCAAAAUUUGGUAACCCAGGAGAACGCCUCCGCAAGAAGCGCUGGGAUUUAAAUGAGCUUCCAAAAUUUGAGAAGAACUUUUACACUGAGCAUCCAGAAGUAGCUCACAUGUCAAUACAUGACGUUGAAGAACUGCGCAGAAAGAAAGAGAUUACUGUCCGUGGGAUCAACUGCCCGAAACCUGUCUAUACUUUCCAACAGUCAAACUUUCCUCAGUAUGUUAUGGAUGUUCUUAUUGAUCAACGAUUUAAGGAACCAACCCCAAUCCAAUGUCAGGGGUUUCCUCUUGCGUUGAGUGGUCGAGACAUGGUGGGAAUUGCCCAGACCGGAUCUGGCAAAACACUUGCGUAUCUUCUGCCUGCAAUGGUGCACAUCAACCACCAGCCUUAUCUGGAGCGAGGAGAUGGACCAAUUUGUUUGGUUCUUGCUCCAACCCGAGAAUUAGCUCAGCAAGUACAGCAAGUAGCCGAUGAAUAUGGAAAGUCAUCUCGGCUGAAGAGUACAUGCAUUUAUGGUGGCGCUCCUAAGGGUCCACAGAUACGUGAUCUUGAAAGAGGUGUGGAGAUUUGCAUUGCCACUCCAGGCAGGCUCAUUGACUUUCUGGAGGUCGGGAAAACUAAUUUAAGACGCUGUACCUACCUCGUGCUGGAUGAAGCUGACAGAAUGCUUGACAUGGGUUUUGAGCCACAGAUCCGCAAGAUUGUGGACCAAAUCAGGCCUGACAGACAAACUCUAAUGUGGAGUGCCACGUGGCCAAAAGAGGUGCGCCAACUAGCUGAGGACUUUUUGAGAGAUUAUGUGCAGAUCAACGUGGGCAAUUUGGAGCUGUCUGCCAAUCAUAAUAUCCUACAGAUCGUUGAUGUUUGCCAGGAGAGUGAGAAGGACCACAAACUUAUCCAGCUAAUGGAAGAAAUAAUGGCAGAAAAAGAAAACAAAACCAUUAUUUUUGUGGAAACUAAACGUCGCUGUGAUGAUCUUACUCGCAGAAUGAGGCGUGAUGGGUGGCCGGCCAUGUGUAUCCAUGGUGACAAGAGUCAGCAGGAGAGAGACUGGGUCUUAAAUGAAUUUCGCUCUGGAAAAGCACCAAUUCUAAUCGCUACAGAUGUUGCUUCGCGAGGUCUAGAAGCUGCAGAUCACUCUCAGUACAGGGCCAGCUGCCUGUCGAAAAUAGAGGGGGGAUGAACACUGGAAGCUGCCCCGCUAUAAGGGCACUGGCUUCUUACACUCUUCCCUCGCAAAGGUCUUGUACUGAAGAGGCAGUUUUUGGGUCUGCAUCUCCAUCCCCUAACUUUCCCACUCGACAUCGGGGUGCAAAAUGUGUGCUUUCCACCCUGACAGCUGAGCUGGGUCUACACCCCGUUCACUUAUGGCUGCUGGUAUGAUGCCAUAAUCAAUAGAAGGACCACCUUUCUAGAAGGGAGAUCACCUGGUGCUUUCCACUAUGCUAUCUACUCAGCAGCUGUGGGAAAGUUCCAAGCCAAGGAAGACUUGGGAAGUCCCUUGGCUUUCGAAGCAGAAGAAUAGCCCCUUCUGCUGUUUUUCUACAGACUUCUGUGACUUCCUCCAUUUCCAAAUGUAGUAGCCCUUUUCUCUACCUUUUUAAAAUAAGCUAGAAUGCUGCAAGGUAUGUUUCAUUGUCUGCUUUUAUCUUCGUGGCCUUAAAGAAAAAAAGUGCCAUUUAUAUAAACUUUUCCCUAUUUUACAUCUUAGACUGAAGAAGCCCACAUUAUUUUCAAGCUGAAAGACACUUGCUCACUUAAAAUUUCCCUUACCCAAACCAUUGAGCAGACUGCACUGGUUUUAUCAUUUCUCCACAAAAGUAAAUGCCCAAAACCUGCAGCACUUUUAAAUGAUCUUCCUGUAAUAAGAAACAGACCUAUCCAAGGCCACCAUGUAUUUAUCUCACAAUAUUACGUGGGCGCAUGAAAUGGUGGGGUUGCCACUUCACAGUUUUGUUAACUGUUCACAACAGAUGAGUGGUGGAGGGGUCUCUCUUCGCAUAUUAACAGGCUCACUGGACAGAAGCAUCUAGCCAAGCCAGUGCACGUGUUGGGACCUCUUGCUGCGCCUGGACAAUUGAUGCAUGCUCCCUGCUUCGGUGGCCCUGUGUCCAUGGAUGAAGGCGGUAGGACCGCUAAAUGCCAAACGGAUGGGAUUAGCAACAGCUGGUUCCCCACCUCACUGAGGGAGUGUGCAUCGGUCCGGACAAAAGCUCACCGAGGAUGAAUCCCAUGGAGUAAUUCGACUUCAGCUCCAUAAUAAGGAACCUGAUGAUUGUGAAAAUGUGUGCAUUUUUAAUUUAGUUGCUGUGUUCUCAUAGGGAUUUAGUGUAAGCAUGUUAGUCAGCUCUGAAAGAUGAUCAUAAAAUUGUACGUAUACAUUAUGAUAUGAGGGAUUAUUAUAUAUAAACGAAAAGUAUGUUGUGCGUAAACGGUUAUUGGUGCAUUUUAGCACAAGUGUUAAUUCACAUAGUGUCUGUAAAUUCAUAUAGCUUUGCUAGAAAAUUAGAAGAUUAUUUUUUUUUAACAAAAAGGGCAAUAAUUGUCCUUUGCUAAUAUAGUGCAACUUUGGUAAAACAUAACUUUUUUUUAUUUUUAU